AUGUCCCAGUCACCCACUAAGCAGCAACAACAAAUCAGACCAAAGCUGUGUUCUAAAAUCUACAAAACCAGUUGCGGAACCCUGAUAAGUUUAGCUAACGAACCCUCUCUCGCAUUUUAUCGAAUUCAGGAACAUGUUCACAAGACAGCUCCGCAGCUGGCCGAGGAACGUUUGAGAAUAGUUGUAACCGAAUCGAAGCUGCGGGGCGUCUGCUAUGAUCUUGGACACAUCAUCAAGUGCGUUUCGAUUGUAUCUUCUGCCUACGUUUCUUGGCUGUUGUUUAUUAAUCAAUUCCGCAAAUUUUAUGCUGGAUUAUCGACUGAUAUUGAUCUGUAUAGGAACAACUAA